ACGCGUCCCAGGAUGCCGCGCGCGGUCGCGGGGCGAGGGUUUGAACCGGGGAUCUGCCGCCCGCAGCGGGCCUGCGUCGGCUGCGGCGGGUGCGGGAGGUGGCGGCUGCCGGGGCCGGGGUCCCAGCCAGGCGGCGGAGGUGGGCGCGGCGGCCGCGGGGGGCGCUGCUCCUGAGGUGAUGAUGGGCAAGGAGGAGGAGAUUGCGCGGAUCGCCCGGAGGCUGGACAAGAUGGUGACCAAGAAGAGCGCGGAGGGAGCCAUGGACCUGCUGCGGGAGCUGAAGGCCAUGCCUAUCACACUGCACCUGCUCCAGUCCACCCGAGUUGGGAUGUCCGUCAACGCCCUUCGGAAGCAGAGCUCCGACGAGGAGGUCAUUGCACUGGCCAAGUCCCUCAUCAAGUCCUGGAAGAAGCUCCUGGAUGCUUCAGAUGCCAAAGCCAGGGAGCGGGGGAGGGGCACGCCUCUGCCUACAUCUUCGAGGGAUGCCUCGGAGGCCCAGGAUCCCAGCCGCAAGAGGCCGGAGCUGCCCAGGGCACCGUCCACUCCGAGGAUCACCACGUUUCCCCCAGUGCCCGUCACCUGUGAUGCUGUGCGCAACAAGUGCCGUGAGAUGCUGACCGCUGCCCUGCAGACGGACCACGACCAUGUGGCCAUCGGUGCGGACUGCAAGCGCCUGUCGGCUCAGAUCGAGGAAUGCAUCUUCCGGGAUGUUGGGAACACAGACAUGAAGUAUAAGAACCGUGUGCGGAGCCGCAUCUCCAACCUGAAGGAUGCGAAGAAUCCUGACCUGCGGCGGAAUGUGCUGUGUGGGGCCAUCACGCCCCAGCAGAUCGCCGUGAUGACCUCAGAGGAGAUGGCCAGUGACGAGCUGAAGGAGAUCCGCAAGGCCAUGACCAAGGAGGCCAUCCGAGAACACCAGAUGGCCCGCACCGGCGGCACGCAGACAGACCUGUUCACCUGCGGCAAGUGCAGGAAGAAGAACUGCACCUACACGCAGGUGCAGACCCGCAGCUCUGACGAGCCCAUGACCACCUUUGUUGUCUGCAACGAGUGUGGAAACCGCUGGAAGGUGGGUGAGCAGGCCCAGGCUGCCCUCCUAGCCCUGUCCACUGGUGGUGGGGUGUCAGCCUCUGUGGCUGUGUGAACUGGGGAUGGCCCUGCCCAGCCAGCCUACUGGGAGUCUCUGGCACGGUGGGUGGAGACCCCAGCCUUGGGUGUACCUGUGCGGCCUCCCACUCUGCGGGCUCUCGUGUGGCCACAAGACUGGAGGCCUCACCCCUUUCUCACAGUUCUGCUGAGCCCUCACGCGGAUAUGCUGCGUGCUGCCCCUCGCCCACGUCCUCCGUUGACGCAGCUUCUCUGGAGACCCCAGAAGGUGGCAUGUCCUGCACUCAACCUGCCUGCCUGGAUUGCACCUUUCUGCCCUUUACCCUAGUUAUUAAAUGUUUCCUUUUGCCA